AAGCACUUCACGUUAUACAACAGGUUGUCGGUUUCAGUGUUACGUGUCCUGAAUACGAAGCCUGUCCAUCGACCCGUGCUUGUUGAACUCUUCCUUCGGCGGGCGCGAUACCUGUUACGGUAAACACACAAUUGUAUCCAUAUGAGUACCUAAACAUGGCAGUUACCGAAUGUACGGUCCUAGUAGCACUAGUAACAUGGCCUUCGACAGCUCGAUAAGAGGUACUCGGAUAGGAUGAGCUGGUGUAUGCGAAACAGCGCUCUCUGCUGUAGUCAUGAAACGGUGGAAAGCCCGACAAAGGAUACCGACGACGUCCUGCUGGUCGGCUUGCAGGGAAGCGGCAAGACACUUUUAGGACAGCGCCUGAGAACUGUGUACGGAAAGGCUCAAACACCUUUCAGAGCCGCAACAACGCCCACAAAUGGCUGUCAGGACUUCCGUGUGCCGACUCGCAAGGGCUGCCCCUUCAAAGAAAUCCGCAUUAGGGAGUGCGGUGGCUCCAUGCAGCCGCUGUGGGGCCACUGGUACGACCGGCCGCUGAGUGCCGUGCUGCUGGCAGUGGACGGGGCGGACCCGGGGGGGCUGGCGGCGGCGGGAGUGGUUCUGCAGGGGCUACUGGAGCACCCCUCCCUCGCCUCCACGCCGGUAUGUGUGGUGCUCACCAAGUCCGACCUGCCGGGGGUGCUGGCGCCCCCGCAGCUGGAGGCGGGCCUGGGGCUGCAGCAGCUGCAGGUGCAGGCGCAGCAGCCAGGGAGGUUGCGGGUGACGCGUGUGAGCAGCGUGCAGGAGCUGGCGGAGUGCCCGCAGCUGGGGGAGCUGGUGGACUGGAUGGCGGAGGUGAAGGCGCUGAAGGCAUGGCGGGAGCAGCUGAGGCAGGGAAUGCAGCAGCAGUAGCAGCUGGGCAAGGGGAGGUAGGAGACGGAACCACAUGCCUUCAUCAGUACAAAGGAAUGAGUGUUAAUGUACCAUAAUUGGAACGUUAAUGCCUUAAUAAAAUGGUACCAAAGAAGGGAGCACGGGUGAUGAACUCACCCUAACCUGCAAGACAAAUGUAGAGGAACGUACGAAUGUGGAAGUGGUGGGUCUUGGGGUGUGUAAGGAGGUAGGGGAUCCUGGCUGUCCUAUGGCUUUGUGCCCCAUGGACAUCGGUAUGUGCAAACUUGGUACUGGUGGUGGUAACAACACGGCUUGCGGGUGUGCCGUGCAUACAGGUGCCAUACUUGGGUCUUGACAGGGCCAGUUACUGGGCGACUGUACGCAUAUAGCAGUUAUGGGGCUUGUCUUUGCUGCGCCAGACACUUCCUUCCUCUUUAGGCGGCAGCAGCUACCAGGGAAGCCAUGGUGACCCAUGGGUCGUACACUCAUUCAGUAUAUCCAUGAGCACCCUGCUCUCUGCUGCACUGCCAGGCAGCAGCCACAGCACAGCCAGGUAUUCGUCUGCUUAACACCCAACCCAACACAAGCCUUCGUAGCACCCUGUUUCCGUGAGCCUUGAGCCCACUUCCACACGGCAGUCUGUCCAUGACCUGCCUCUGCUUGUGUUGUCACGGCAACAGUGCGGGCCACUCUCGGCCAAGUUACUGCUGCUUGCUGUUUGUGCUUGCUGUUGGUACGCGGGGAGGCGAGGAGAAGGUGUGAAGUGGGAAGGUGGACGUGUAGUACGCUUGUUACAGUGAAGCGCUUAAUGUGAGAUGUUCCGAACCCCUAACAAAACACGCUGUGGUG